CUGUUGGCUCUCAGUGAUCCACAGUCUCUCCAUCGGACUCUCCAGCACAGCAAGUGUACAACUCCGCGGCUAUCUUUUCGCAAGUGCCAUUAUAUUCACCCCUAAUUUGUGAAUCUGUGCUACCAAUAUACUUAAUCUAGUGUGAGUGUUUCGACGUAGAGUGUCGUCCUCAUCUCAGGACGCCUGGUUAUUAUGAAAUCCGACAUUGAGACUAUUGAGAGAGCAGCGUCCAGUGCUCCUAAAACGAACGGCGAUCUAGAAAGCGGGUUACCAGCUGGUGGAGGGAACUCUACAACUCAACCAGACGAUAAUGGAAAGUCAGCCUCAUUUUUGAAACGUCUUCUGAAAGUGAUAGUUGUGACUAGUAUUGGUGUAAUUUUACUUGGUGGUUUCUUUGGAACUGUUUGGUAUUUCAUGGGCUGGAUGUUUGUCAUUCAGCUUAUAUUAGUGGCCCUUGUGGCAUAUCUGGCUGCCGGAAGAGGUUAUAAAUGGUUGUACGUCGCCUUACGCACUGCCCCAAGAGAUCUUACGGCUCUCUCAAGGUACCUAAUAUUUCUUUGGAGCGUGAGACAACUUUCAAAAAAAGAUUUAAGCAUUGGUGAAAUCUUCAGAAGAAAUGCCACUAAACAUCCAAACAAAGUCUGCUUCAUUUUCGAAGAUAAUGAGUGGACAUUUGCUCAGGUGGAAGAGUACAGCAACAGAGUGGCGAACGUGUUCAAGUCGCACGGCUUCCGUAAGGGCGACACAGUUGCCCUGAUGCUGGAGAACCGACCUGAGUUUGUGUGCAUCUGGCUUGGCUUGUGCAAGCUGGGCAUUAUCACGGCGCUCAUAAACUACAACCUCCGCAAGACGUCGCUCACUCAUUCGGUCACUGUGUCCAAGUGCCAAGCCUUCAUCUACGGUUGCGAACUCACCGAUGAUGUGAAAGAUAUUGCCAAUGAGCUGGCGGGCAUCAAGCUGUACGUGUGGAGCGCGGAUGAGACCAGGGUUGCCAACAAAGAACUGAAUGACAAGUCGCUGACCAGCCUGCUGAAGGAGGUCUCUGGCACGCCGACUGCUCCCAGUGAGAAAGUCAAUUUCCACGACAAACUACUCUAUAUCUACACUUCUGGUACCACAGGACUGCCAAAGGCUGCAGUCAUUACUCACGCCAGGUAUGUUUUCUUGGCUGGAGCGAUUGGUUAUCAGGUUGGAUUUAAGAACAGCGACAGGUACUACACACCUCUGCCGCUGUACCACACGGCAGGUGGAGCCAUGGCCAUUGGCCAAGCCCUGCUCUACGGCAGCUGUGUUGUCAUCAGGAAGAAGUUCUCCGCUUCAGGAUAUUUCUCUGACAUCAUCAAGUACAAGUGCACUAUUGCUCAAUAUAUUGGAGAAAUGUGCCGGUAUAUCCUGGCUACACCUCCUAAAGCUCAAGACAAGGAACAUCAAUUGAGAAUGAUCUUUGGAAAUGGACUGCGGCCUCAAAUUUGGAAAGAAUUCGUUGACAGAUUCAACAUCCCCAAAGUAGCUGAAUUCUACGGUGCUACUGAAGGCAAUGCCAAUAUCGCAAAUAUCGACAAUAAAGUUGGAUCCAUAGGGUUUGUUUCGCGAAUCAUCCCAUCUAUAUACCCGAUAUCCAUCAUCCGCAUCGAGCCUGAAACCGGAGAACCACUCCGCAACAAAGAUGGACUUUGCAUUACAUGUAAUCCUGGUGAACCAGGAGUAUUCAUCGGUAAGAUUAUUCCGAGCAAUCCUGCUAGAGCAUUUUUGGGUUAUGUUAAUGAAAAGGAAUCCCAGAAGAAGAUAGUAACCGAUGUUUUUGCCAAAGGAGAUUCAGCUUUUCUUUCAGGUGACAUUCUUGUUAUGGAUGAAUAUGGAUACUUAUUUUUCAAGGACAGAACUGGAGAUACAUUCAGGUGGAAAGGGGAGAACGUAUCCACUUCUGAAGUGGAGGGAAUCGUUAGCAACCUGGCGAACUACAGGGAUUGUGUCGUUUAUGGUGUGGAGGUGACUGGAAGCGAAGGUCGUGCUGGAAUGGUAGCCAUUGUUGAUCAGAAUAAUACACUGGAUCUGGAGGCAUUGGCUGAAGGUGCAAAGAAGUCUCUUCCAUCUUAUGCGCGACCCAUGUUCAUUAGAGUUCUACAUGAAGUUGAAAUGACAGGGACUUACAAAAUGAAAAAAGCCGAUCUACAGAAAGAAGCAUACAAUCCGCAAGUUGUGAAGGACAAGUUGUUCUAUCUUUCUUCAAAAGGUGUUUAUGAACCUCUUACUGAAGAUAUCUACAGUCAGAUUGAAACUGGUAAAAUCAGACUAUGAUUUUCUCCUUCCACAAUAAAAUGUUACUUAAUCGUCAUACAACGAUAAUAUUAAUAAGUCAAUAAUUAUUUUACGAUCAGCGUUGCAUAAUACACAAUGUGGCAUCUGUAAAUGAUUGCUUUAAAUAAUUAUUCUAUUUUAUAUUCAAGUAUAAGUGGUUUAGUGGUUGGUGAACUUGUGUUAAGAGUGACUUUUCUGAAGGCUGUGACUAUUUUAAAAUGCAUCAACGCUAAGCUUAAUGCAUCAGGCUAUAUUGAUUCAAUUUGUUUUAUCUCUUAUGAAUAAUAUGUAUAAUGUUCAACAUUAAAAUUGUUUAUUGAAGCAAGUCUUUUAAAAAUCAUCUUAAAGAUAAGAAAUAUAAUUUUUAAAACAAUUUUAUCAAAUUCUCAAUGUUGUUUAGUAUUGCUUUUUAAUAGUGUUAUGAGCUAUUUAAUUAUGCCAACAGUUAGUACAACCGAAGAUAUUAUAUCUAGUAAUUUUUCAAAUAUUUCAUCAUACAUUUUUUUUGAGCAUUGAUUUUUCUUGUAGAAUUGUUUUAUCUUUUAUUUGUUCGAAAAAAUCAUAAUGAUGGACUUCUUUGUUAAUUUGUACAAUUUUAUGAGAGCAUCCAUUAUACCAUUCAAAUAGCUUUUUAAUGGGGUUCCAUUGUGGGUUCAAAAUUAUUGUUCUUUGUUUUUUUAGGUUUUAGUUGUGCUAGACAUUCUCACACCUAAAUUAUGAUCGAUCUGAAGAAAUCAUCUGGCUUCACGUUUUUAUGUAAUUACGUUUUUACUUGAAAAGCUAGACUGUUCUAACUGCAUAUUUUAAUUAUAAAUACUCUGAAUAUUUCAUAUUGUUCAAUAUAAUUAAUAAAUAUAUAUAAAUACUGAAUAAAUAGAUAGAAUGUAGAUUUUAAAAGUCAUUGAAUGGAGCAUAAUAAUAAAAUAGAUAAAUCCUUUCAUGGUUGGAAGCAGGCAUACUUUGAGGCCAAUAAUGAGCUAGUUGAAAAGAUGUAACCACUAUAGUGUGGUUCAUUACAAGCUCAUCUUGGGUUUGAGUCUACUAGGCCCAGGCCAAGCAUUUUUGUACUAUUAUUCACCUCAAACCAGACGCACAAGCUUUGAAAUAAUUUGGAUUGAAAAAGGAAGUUAUUUUUCUCAAACUGGUUCGAAUAGAACAGUUCCUAGAAUGGAUACAUAAAUAAUAGCAUAGCAAAUAAAAAUGAGCAUAGCUCAACAUAGCAACAAAUUAUGUGCGAAAUAUAAUCUUAUUAGAUCUUAUUAUUAAGAGAAAUUGAACUUUUACCAUCAUGAAAUAAUGUGCUAUUUUAAUUUUUUCUUUAAAAUGUAACUUUUUAUAUGUUUCAUAUUAAUUUUGAAUAUUCUAAAUUGCAAUUGACAAUUCAAUUUAUAUUAUAAUACCGGUACUUUUUUAUAGAAGUUCAAAUACCCUUGAUUAUGUAUUGUUCAGCAUUGUAAUAAACUUCUUUCAAUGAUAAUUGUUCCUUAUAUUGCCAAAGAAAUGAUAAUGAACUUGCUAUAAACCGUCAUUACUCCGUUAGCUUUGCUUAAUUUCAAGUUUUAGCUCAAACCGAAUGGUUAUGAUACGUCGAGUGAUCGAAAAAAUUACCAUUUUUUGGCUUAGUGAUAAAAUAAUUGCAUUGAAAUUUUUACCUAAAGGUACAAUUUCUUAGCGGCGUCUCGAGGCGCGUGGCUAGAGCUGCUGCGGCUAGAGCACAUAUAACCUAUAAAUUAAUUAAAUUCGAUGAUUCAUUCGAUAUCCUGAUUAUAUCAACCUGAUGGAGGUCCGCAGCGAUCUGACGUACAAAUCGAUCGUCUGAGCUGGGUAUAGGGGCGAAAGACUAAUCGAACCAUCUAGUAGCUGGCUCCCUCUGAAGUUUCCUUCAGGAUAGCUGGCGCUCAACAUCCAUGCGGUAAAGCGAAUGAUUCGGCCUUGGGGCUGAAACGACCUCAACCUAUUCUCAAACUGUGUGAGAUCUCCGGCCUGCUCGUAAGAUGAGGCCGGAGAGCAAGAAUAUUGUGUUCAGCACAACUUCUAAUGGAUCUGAGUGCCAAGUGGGCCAAUUUCGGUAUUGAAGCCAACACUUCUAAUUCAUACUCCGCCAUAACGUUCAUACAACAUAAAAAUCCAAUGAUUCAUCGAAUAUAAUGAAUUAAUACGCGUUAUGUGCUCUUGCCACGGCGGCUCUAACCGCGCUUCUCGAGCCGCCGAUAAGGAAUUGCACCUUUCUCUUAUUCAUAUUCCGAGCACAGCUGCUGACCAUACAACUCCUUGAAGACGGUAGAGCUGCUUCGGUCUUCUCUUAUAAGAUUCUUUCUGUUUAACAACUGUUAAACUUUUUGUUUUAAACUGCAAGUAUAAAAAACAUGGAAUUUAUAAAUAGUACUGAAUUCAGUAUUUUCUUCCAUAAUUUUUGUAAACUGAAGCUUAUCAAAUCAAUAACUAUUAGGGGGUUUUCGAUCAUCACUUUUUGUAUAAACGGGUUCUUCCAUCCAAGAUUCGAUAUUUUUCACUUAUAGUGUCUUGUGAUAAUAUUCCAAUUGCAUUCAUUAUUUAAAGCAUGGCUCUUCUGCAACAUAUUAUUGUUUGAAAGUUUAAUAAAAACCAUCUAAGACUGCGUGCUAAAAUAAGCCUUUCUUCCGAAAUUAAGUAUUAUUCAAGAUUGUAUUGUAAAUUGAAUUAAAUUGUUUGUUUUUGCAUGUAAUUUUUAUUUUGAAUGUGGGGAAAAAUAAGGACCAACUUAUUAAAAAAUGCAUUUAAUGUCGAAUUAGAAUGGUUCUAUCUCAAGCUGUUUUAUAUGUAUUCAUAGAUGAAUAAAACUAUUAGUCAAU